AUGUGUACCAAGAAGGAAGAUGUUUCGGAGGAUAGUGAUUAUGAAGAAUCAACCUCGACAACUUCUUCAACAACAACUACAACAACAACCACUACAAAUUCUGUUUCUAGACCAACCAGAUCAAAUAGAAUAACAUCAUCAUCCAUUCAAAAAGGUCCAUCUAAAUCCAAUCAUAGAUACGGUAGAGUAACAAAGAAUAAAGGUAAACAAGAAAGAAUUGGAAAACAAAACCAAAGAACAAUGACUUGUAAAGGUGGAUGUGGAACUGUAUUCGAGUUGGUAAUUGCUUACAUCAAAAACCCAGUCUAUAGAGACGUUAACUUCAAGUUCUUUGCUCACUCAUUACCUAUCAACAAUCUCAGAGAUGAGCAUAUCUGUUGUUCAACCACUCUGGGUUUCGACACAUACCACCACGCAAUUUCUUGUCCUUCCUUUAAAAACAAUCACUGGCUUUCUACUAUCUUUGAUUGUGAGCUUUGCAAAACAAAUAAAUCAAUUAUUUCUAAAUUAGAUAAUAGAGAUUCUCUUUUCCGUAAAAUACCUUUGAAUAUAAAGGAAGUUUAUGUCAAAGAAUGGAGUGACAAUAUGCUUGGUUCACUUCCACCAUCGGAUACCACCUUGUUUUUACCAAGUGCUAUCUCAAUUACAACUUCAUUCAGUAAGGAGACACUCCAUAAAUAUAAGAGUAGAUCAUUCUAUUUUAUAAUUAAAUUGUAA